AUGCCCAUCACUCAGGACAACGCCCUGGGCAUCCUCCCACUGCUCGAGGAGUGGCUUGUGGCUCAGACCAGGGGAUCUCAGCAAGAGUACAACCUAAAUCAGGACAAUUCUUGCUUCAAGCAGGUGGAUCAGGACUCCUACCAAAAUGGAGAAGGGGAUAGUGUGUGCAGUAGCAGCGGUGUUAACAGUCUUAAUAUCAAGGACAUGUCCCUGUGUCUGGCUGCCAUUCAGAAACUGGUGGAAUACAUCAGUUUCAACUUCAUGGAGGAUGACACAGCUACAUCAGCCAGCCCAUCCUCCUGCAGGGAGGGGUUAGAUGUUGAGGUACAUGCUGUUUGCCUCAGUAAAGAGGAAGGGGAUGCAGCUGAGUUUGGCCUCAGCUUUGGGAACAUUCCUAUUUUUGGGGACCCUGAUAGAAGAAAGAAGGGAGGCCCGAGGAGGAGGAGGGACCAGAACCCCAUUAUGGAUGUGGGCUGCAUUUGGGUGACAGAAGUGAGAAAGAGGAGCCCAGCCUCCCUUUGUGGGAGGAUCAAACUGAGAGACGAACUGCUAUCACUGAAUGGGCAGCUGAUGGUCGGAGUAGAUGUCAGUGGAGCCAGUUACCUGGCUGACCAGUGCUGGAAUGGAGGCUAUAUCUACCUGAUACUGCUACGGCGAGUCAAGCGAAAGGCUCCUCCCCCUCCCUGUGAUGUCGAUGGCAGAGACAGAGCUGCGUCUGAACCAUCUGACAGCUCAGUGAACUGCAAACGCACACGCAAGUUUGGUGUCAUAUCACGAUCCUUCUUCAACCGAGACAACAGAGACAGGGACAGCACUGACUCAGAAGUCCAGGGCUGUUACAAUGGCCACAACUCUUCAAUUUCCACUGAUGCAGGAGUCAGUCCACCAGGAGAUGAUUCAGGUUGCAUCCUAUCCACUCAUACACCCACAGAGGAAAGCCCAGACACUGUUUCUCACAUGAGAACUUCUCAACAGCCACUCUACAUACAAGGUGCUGCCACCCUGCCUGCAAUGUGUCACAGUCAGCUGUUGGAAUAUAAAAUGGAUUCAUUUAGCAGUGAACCUUCAAACCAGCCUAGAGAAGGCAGUCACAUCUGGAAGAUGCACCUGGUGAAGGGUCAGGAGGGCCUGGGCAUACAAAUAACUGGGGGGCGUGGCUCCAAGCGCUCUCCUCAUGGCAUCAUUAUAGCUUAUAUAGAGGAAGGGGGAGCCAUCCACAGGGAUGGUCGUCUCCAUGCUGGGGAUGAGUUGCUGAUGGUUAACGGUCAGUCUCUGGUGGGUCUCACUCAUCAAGAGGCCGUUGCUAUCCUACGCUCUACUACUGGUCUGGUCCAGCUGGUGGUAGCCAGCAGGGAGGAGUCAGAUGUGGGUUUCCAGCACUUCCCAUCCACCAGUCUGCCAGACCUGGUCAGCACCUGCAGCUCCUCAUCCUCCCUGUCUCAGACUGCUCUGCCUCGCUCACCCCAGACCUCUAAGAGCAGCACCAGUCUGCACAGCCCCUACCUGUUGACUAAUCUGGAGAAACUAGAAGAACAAAGUCAGGGAGAGGCACCCAAAGCAUCCUGCUCUAGCCCCACACCCAUGAAACUCUGCAGUCGAUCCCAGGGGGGCAGCAGUCGCCUGGAGUCAGUGGGUGAGGAUGAUGAGCUGUUUGUGGAGAAUGGUGGGAGCAGCUGUGACGUAGUGGAGAAGCCUCCACCAGGCCGACGUAAACACUCCUUACCUCAACAACUGGAUACUGCAGGUGUGAGACAGGAAUAUCAGAUCAUAAAGAAAUCAGCUCGCUCCCUGAGUACCAUUCAAGUGGAGUCACCAUGGCGACUGGCACAGCCAUCCAUUAUCUCCAGUAUAGUGCUGAUGAAAGGCCAGGGCAAGGGCCUAGGCUUCAGUAUUGUCGGUGGGCAGGACUCAGCACGUGGUCAGAUGGGGAUUUUUGUCAAGACUAUUUUCCCUCAUGGAGCUGCAGCAGCUGAUGGACGACUGAAAGAGGGUGAUGAGAUUCUGGAAGUGAACGGCGAGUCUCUCCAAGGACUCACCCAUCAACAGGCCAUCCAGACCUUCAAGCAACUGAAGAAGGGUGUGGUGACACUGACCAUUCGAACUCGUCUACGCAGUCCCAGUCUGACACCUUGUCCAACCCCCACCCCCCUUAGCCGCUCUAGCUCACCCAACUCCAAUACCAGCGGGGGAACACCAGUCCCCUCUGGGUUUGAAGAAGCUGAUAGCCGCAGGCCUGGUCCUGGUCCAAAAGACUGCAUCAUCAUGGAGGUCACACUUAGUAAAGAGCCUGGUGUUGGUCUGGGGAUUGUUGUUUGUUGUCUGACCCUGGAGAACUCUGCUCCUGGCAUCUACAUCCAUAGUCUGGCUCUGGGAUCUGUGGCCAAGAUGGAUGGCAGGCUCAGUCGUGGAGAUCAGAUACUUGAGGUUGACUCUGUGAGUCUUCGUCAUGCUGCUCUCAGUGAGGCCUACGCUAUCCUCAGUGAAUGUGGCCCUGGUCCAGUCAGUCUCAUUAUAAGCAGGCACCCCAACCCCAAAGUCUCAGAACAGGAGAUGGAUCAUAUUAUAGCUCGAUCCACACACCGGGACAAAAUGAACAAGAACAGACAUUCAUCUCACUCCCAAGGCCUGUCCUGUAAGAGCCCCUCCCCAACAAUGAAGGACAGGCAGGAAGAAGGUUCCCCUGCUCUCAGCUGGACCAUGAAGAGAUUCCUUGAGCCUGCCAGUAGAGAGUCCCUGAACUCAGAGGUAGAGUUAUCUCAAUACUUCUCCCAGGACAUUUCCAGCCACUCAUAUCUGUCUGAAAACAUGCUAAUGGGCUCCAACAGUGAUGAGGCACUCCACCAGCAGAGCUGCAGUACUUCCAUAGAUGACAACUCAACACAGCCACAUGUGGAAAGUGGUCCUGCAUUACAAGACAAGACCCCUGUCCCUCCUAAUCAUCAUGUGGAAGCAGUUUACCCACACGUUGCUGCUUGUAGCCCCUCAGUGCGGAGUCCACUUCUACGUCAGCGACGGGUGAUGUGCUUUGAGAAUGAGCUCAGUGAUGAUGAGGACUCUGACAACGCUGGAAACACUGCACUCUACCACAGGCCAACAAAGUGUGAUUCUGUUGACUUCAGUGAUGCCCAAGCAUCCCAAAUUUCCAAAACUGAAACAUCAUUGUUAGAUAUUGAUGGGGACAGUGAAGGUUGUGGGGAAUUGCAGAGAUGUGGAAGCAAUGAUGUGACAACACAACUUUAUAGUAGUUUGUCAGAGGAAGGAGAGAGUUUUACCAUCAAGUCUGAGUCACCUGUUUCUGAGUCACCCUUCUUACCUAUUCACUGUCCCUUUGAUCACAAUGUAGGGGUGACAGGCAAUAUGGGCUCGGGGUCCAGUAAUCUGACCAUCAGCAGUGAGGACAAUACAAAUCAAGAUGAUGGACAGUUGGAGUCAAAGCGCUCCCCCAAGCUUGAGCACAAAGCAGUAACACGGGUCAAAACUAUGAUGAGCAAUGAAGCACCAAAUCUGUCCCAGCAACAAAAACCCAAAGUUGAUGAGCCAUCUUCUUUCAUGGCCCCAUCCCAGCCCAAUCCCCCUGCCACACAGUGUGGAAGAAACCCCAGGACUGUUCGUCCCCAUCAGCACUGUAAGAAGGGAGAUGCCAGUGAUCUUGUGGGUGUUUGCACCAUUGACACUGUGACCUUGAGGAGAAGUAAGAGCGAGUCAUUUGGGCUUGAUCUGGAGAUUCUGUCGUCCCCUCUGAAAGUUGUCAUCACUGGGUUAAAGCCUGGAGGUGCAGCUGAAAGGGAAUCUAUGGGAAAGCUUUCUCCUGGAGAUGAGAUUGUAACAAUUGGUGAAAAACUAGUGUGCUCCUCUAGCUACCAGGAAAUCUGUGAGCUCAUGCACAGCCUACCUAUGACACUGUCCUUGGAAGUUAAGAGACCAGUUUCAGCUGUAGAUCGACUGUCCAGUUUGAUAAUGUCAUCAGAAAGCAGUGAUGGAGCCACGAGGCUGAAACCAGCCACAUCUGUUCAGCGGGUAUCUGAUGAAGGACAAGUAAUAACUGCAGAUUCAGGGAAUCCCAACCACACAUCCCAAACAGACCAUAACUUUCAAAUACCUAUCACCAAUAUAGAUGAUAUAUUAUGCGAUAUGAGCCACUGCAGUGAUAUAAUUAAGUAUACCAAAUCCCCCUGCAAGUCAUGCCCUGAAUUAAACCCGUAUGAGAAACAUUGUGUUGAGGUUACAAUGCAGUUCAGUCCUCAAGAAUGUUCCAACUUUGACACAGGAAGUGAAAAAGGUGCCAUCCUCCCUGUCGGGACAUUUUUAAACAGCUCAUCCACACAUGUGACACAACAAAAGGACAACAGAUCUGCAGUGCUCAACAGAUCGUGUUCAGAAAGUCCUGAUGCUGGGUAUAGAUGUAAGUACUCCAUAGGAGAUGACACCAAUUCAAACAGUGACUCUAUCACUGACAGCAGUCUAAAGUUCAGUAAAAUGGCCAGUAGUGGUGGUAGUUCUCAUGAGCACUCAUCAGAUGAGGAGGAAGUGGACUUUUGUUUGUUUGAUGCCCAGCAGCCUGAAAGUAACUUUAAACUUCAAGAUGAGACUCAAAUCAGACCAAACACUAGUGCUCCCAAACUGAGGGGCAAGAGUUUUCAGAGGGAGAACAAAGUACAGGAGCAGGUUCCCCAAAAACCUACCAGGAGUAAAAGUCCAGUUUCUUCAAAAACCAUAGUUUACUUGAACCAGCCAACAAAUGUACCAUCAACAGCAACCAUGUCCAGCUUUUUGAAGACCAGCAAUGAGCCCAAAGUAAGUGAAAGAAAGAAAGAUUCAACUGAGCACUGGCCUUCAGGUGACACAUUACAAACUGUACAACUGGCGAAGGAGAAGAACAUCCAUUUAGGCUCCAAAACAUUACCUAAAUCACAAGGCCAAUCUCACCCUCCCGCCAUGCAGAGAACAUUUAUAGAAGUUCGACUGUUCUCCUUACCUGGUUCAUCUUCUCCAGUUAAUGCUUGCAAUGGGACAGUGAAUUCAAAAGACUCUAAAUGCAUUCAAAGAAGCACAGAUGCAAGAUUGACACCUCUGCUUUCUCCUGCCAACUCAACAGUAGAAAAAACAAGUGGCAUUUUCAAUAAAACAGUAUUUAAUUCAUUGUGUCCUACCAAAGAAACUAAAAUAACCACAAGUAAUAGCUCAAAAGCCAAUACUAUUGUGGAGACAAGUGGGACCCUGACAUCCAGCACAUCUAGACUGUACAUGAAGACAAUGGAGAGACAAAGCUUUUCCACAGAUACUGCCUUGUCUGUGGACUACAAUACCUUUUCUGUCCGACACAAGAUCAAGUCCUUUGAAAACCUGGCUAACUUUGAUAAGCCUGUGGCUAAAAACAGUGACAGCCAGUUGUAUACUCUGGCGUAUAGAGCCUCUAUUAACCAUAGGAUUUCUGGUUAUAUGGGCUUGGUUAAUACUACCGACUGGACACAGCGAAGGAGUGUGGAGAAUCUAAUCCCUACCACACCCUGCUCACCUCCUCUUAGUAAAUCUCCAUCUAGUAUUACACUGAUAAACCUUGAGCUUCCAAAUGCAAGCUGUAACACAGCUGUCCUGACUCUGGACAAUGGUGAGACUGACAUCAAAAAAGCUUCAGAUGGGUUUGCAUCACAGACCCCUCCGGUGCUGCGGAGGAAACAUGCCAGACUUCACAACAGCAGGUUGCGGCAGCUCAGGGCUCUCAGUAUGCCUGAAUUGGAAAAACUAUGCACAGAGGACUUUUCCAAACAUGAUAAUGCCAUAGAUGAAACUGAGCCUGACAUCACAUCUACAACUACAGUGACUGGGAUUGUUCCACCUUCUACAACCCUGGAUAUAAAUAGGAUGAGCCCAGGUGAUUCUGGAUCCACUGAAGAUACUCUUCAGGGAACCCCAGAGACCCAUAGACAGCAGCCUGGCUUUUCCAUCAGUUUAAAGGAACUGGUUGCUUCUCCUAUGAGUCAGUGUAAACUGCAAACAACUCUGUCUUCCCUGACAACUAAAUCAUAUGUGUCAGCCCUCAUCCAGGAAGCUCCAGCCCUGUCAGAGGUUAACGAUAAUACUCACCUUGUUGUUCUGAGUAAAGAGGAAGGCUCAGGGCUGGGUUUUAGUAUUGCUGGUGGAGUCGAUCUUGAGCAGAAGGCAAUAACUGUUCAUCGGGUCUUCAUCAAAGGUGCAGCUAGCCUGGAAGGCACAAUCCAGAGAGGUGACAGCAUUUUAUCCAUAAAUGGCAUAAGUCUGGAUGGUAAAACCCAUGGAGAGGCCGUGUCUUGCCUUCAUCAAGCCAGACCUUCUAUUCAGGCCUUAGUAGUCAUUUGGAGAGACAAUGACAGUGAACUGAGUCCCUCUGACAGACAGUCAGCUAGUCAGCAAAGAAGGACGUGUCUCUCCAGCAAGACGUCUUUGGAGGCAGCAGCAGGGGUGGAUGUGGGUCCAGAUGGUGCUUUAACAGUGGAGCUUCACAAGACAUCUGCUGGCCUGGGCUUCAGUCUAGAGGGGGGGAAGUCCUCAAGUCCCCAAGGAGACAGACCUCUCAUUGUCAAACGCAUCUUUAAAGGAGGUGCUGCAGAGCUGUCUGGGCUCAUUGAAGUUGGCGACGAGGUUCUGUCUAUCAACGGCUUCUCUCUGGAGGGCCUCAUGCACCAUGAUGCCUGGAAAAUCAUCAAAGCCACUAAUGAAGGGCCUAAUGACCUCCUCAUCCGCAAGCCCAGUACAUGACUGUAAUUAACUGAAGGAAAUGGGAACUUCCUGAGAAAUGCCAGUGUGAAACUUGCUCUUUAAAGCAAGCAGUAGAAAUAAGGACAAACAUUAAACCACUUUUGUACAUUUUUUUGAUGGACUUUAUUUGAGAUUGUGUAUGAAUUGUCUUGUUACAUGUGUUUGAAAUGUGGUUGUGCUCAAAUUGGAUGGCGUACAGUGCUGAAUUAUGAUGUACAAUGCUAAAUUAUGAUUUAUUUCAAAUGGGAAGAGUUUGUUUACAAUGA